GGGUUGUAGCUUUGGUUAACAACUAUUUGCAUAUUUUUAUAAUGCUCUGUGACUUGGGUAUAAACAGGCAGGUGUCUCCAAGUGCAGUGCAGUUUGGUAAAAAUUUAUUUGUGCAUAAGAAUUGAUCUGACUUUGUUUGUUUGGUUAAAAAAGGAAACCACAACCCAGCCAAUGCAAUGUGUAACCAGCCUGGAUGUGUGGAUGUUAACUUGUAAAAAGGGCUGCGGCUGCUAGCUUUAAUAACUUUUGCUGCACUUGUCAAACCAAUACGACACGGCUGAAAGAGGCAGGGCAGAAUGUGAAAUAUCAAGGGGAAUUUUCAAGAUUUGGACUUCAAACUUUUUUCACUUGUGACUUUCAUGCAUUGAAACAAUUAUUUUAAGACUGAGUUGGGACAACAAAGUUAUCUUUACAACGGCAUGGACCAUAACCAAGUUUGUUUGUUUGCGUCCACAAGAACGAAAAAGAUAGCAUCUGCAUGUCGCAAAAGUAACAUUUUUAGUGAUUUGCUGAAUCAAACAAAGAAAAAGAAAAACAUGCAAAGGUCAAAAUUAUUGACCCUCUAAAAGUCAGUAGUUCAUACUGUAGCCUUUCUGAUCCAAAACUGUGAACAACCUCUUGAUAGUUUCUAACUUAGUUGACACAUGUCUCCUGACGCAUGUUAGCCCGUUUUUUUAUGAUAAAUUUAUCAAGAUCACCCAUAUCAUUUAGCCUCCGAGCAUGGACCCUAACCUUGAGCUCCUUCUAUGGGUUUUCGACAGGACUGAGAUCUGGGCUCUGAGAGGGCCACUCCAGAACCUUAAUAUUGGUGUUCUUCAAAAAGUUUUGGACUAACUUUAAAGUAUGUUUUGCUAAUUGUCCAAUUUGGUAGACCCAGCAGCGACCUAAACCUAGACUAACAGCAGACUUUUUGAUGUUGUUCUUCAAAAUAUCGACAUAAUCCCCUUUUCUAUGGUCCCGUGCACCCAAACAAGGUUUCCUGUGUCUGAAGCAGCAAAACAGCCCCAUAGCAUUAUCCCCCCCAUCCUCAUGCGUCAAUGUGGGAAUAGUAUUUUUAAGGGUUGAAGGCCUCACCCUUCCAUCGCCAAACAAAAGCAGCACCCAUAUGACCAAAGAUCUCAAGUUUGGUGUCAUCAGACUAAAGGACCUACUUCCAAAACUCAUCCCCAUGUUUCAGAUUUUCUUAGGCAAACUUCAGUCAGGUUUUAAUGUUCCGCUGUGAGAGCAAUGGGGUUUUUCUUGAAUGAUGACCAUUAAGUCCACCAUGAUGAGUCUUCUGUGCAAUAUCAGGUUAAGCAGCAAUCAUCUUUGCAAAUUCUUGUUCACAUAUCUGACUAUUUUUUUCUCUCCUAAGUUUAGGAAACCUUGCAUUUUAGACAGGUUAUUUUUUUUGCACAGAUUCUCACUUCAAUUUGAUUCAGGGCUAGUGAUUGCUCAGGUAGGGUCUAAAACCUAGUUGAUGUGUUUUGGAGGCACUAAAUUACAUGGGGGCUAACAAUUUUGACCAUCUCAUUUUUCAUUCAUUUUUAACAAAGAAAUCUCUAAUAUUUAUUCUAAUAAACUAAUCAGCUGAUCACAGGAAAUAUAUAUACAGAAAUUGCUUUGGUUAGUGCUGUUUCAAGGCAUGGUGAGGAACUUAUAAUGCUGUGUUGAUUCUGGUGAACUUUGGAAAAAAUGGUGGAAUUAUUCCAAGGUAAGGACUGUAGUUGGACGAUAAUUCGAUAACAAUAUAUAUCGAUCGAUAGACGUGUGGUGCGAUAGAAAAAAAACGGGUCGAUAAAAAGUUCGAUAGAAAAACACAGUUUCCCUUUCUUUUUCAUCAUAGCCUAUCAUGUAGCUUUUACUACAGUCAUUACUUCCUCCAAACCAAUCACAAACGCAGACCCAGGUACGCUACGGCACCAAGCCCAGCCCCUCUCAAACCACAACAGACAGCACGUGUAUUAGAAAAAAUGAUACACUAAGGAGAAGCGGAGGACAUUUUCCGGAAAAAAGGUUUCAGUAGUUCACCAGUAUGGCAAUGUUUUGGUUUUUAGAAGUCUGACAAAAAGCGAACAGCCGUCGUUUGCAAAAUUUGCAGAGAAUUAGUAAAAACCAAGUCUGGUAACACAACCAACUUGUUUUACCAUCUAAACCGAUCGCACCCGCAGGAGUACGAGCUGUGUCGGCCGCGCCGCGGCUCCACGUUAUCGUCGGAGGAAUCCUCUGGAACCGCUGCCAGCACCAGCACAAAGCAAGUGAAGCCGACCAAACUGGACUUCGUUUCUUGCCAAAAAUACGACAAAGCGUCCAAGCGGCAUAAGGACGUCACCCAUGCAGUAACAUGCUCCAUAGCGAGGGACAUACUGCCAACAACUACCGCUGAAAAGCCUGGCUUCGACCAGCUUCUAGCCACUCUCGACCCGCGAUAUGAAGUGCCCGGCCGCAAGUAUUUCUCAAACACAGCGCUUCAGGCAUGAAAAUGGGUCAGGGGUUGAAAAGGUGAGAAGGGUGCGGAGGAAAUACGUUCAAAUGAGCUCAUAUUUUACAAAGACGCGAGUAUUUGGAUCAUGGCUACUAGCAGGGGGUGCAUUCGGCAGGGGUGCAUUCUACGACACAACACCGGCGUGGAUAAGUCCUGCUUCUCGUGCUUAGUUUGUGUAUUAAGUCAAUCACAUGAUAAUUAAAAAAAAUAAAUCUCCCGACCCCGGGAGAAAUAUUUCAGUGUUCAGACACCAGGCUGUGGGCAGUUUCCCACGCAGUUAAAACUGGUAGUAUGCUAUUCCCACCUAAAGCUAUUCUGUUUAUUUAUAUAUUUGUUUGUUUUGUUUAUUUUCAUCAAAAGACUAUUUAAAUAUUUAUUUAUCAGAUUUUCUGGUCACUUUAGUCUUUAUGUUUGUCAGUAUUUACUGACGUCACUCAGGCCACUUAAGUUGAUUUCUUUUUUUUUUUAAUUCUUUUUUAAAAAACUUUCAGUUGUGGUAAAAUAAAAAAGGUGGUUGAAUAAAGGUUUGAAUUUGAAUUCAGUGCUUGUGUGUUCUUUAUUAAAAGUAGGUCAUUAAGCAAUAGCAUAAAACAUCCAGGGCUGCAAUUAAAAUAUAUGUUAAAUAAUUAUAAUAAUUAUAUCGAUAAUUAUUGAUAUCGAUCAAUAUGAUUUAUUUUUUAUCGAUAUGCUUUUUUUCUAUAUCGUCCAGGCCUAGUAAGGACUGUAGUUCCCAUCAGUACUGUCACCCACUUUAGCAAAGAUGUUGCUCUUUCUGAUAUGAGCAUUUGUUGUGGAAGCAAAUGAGUGCAAGAGGCCAUCCUUUUCACAAUACUUUUACUUGCUUUGGCAGGAUGCAGAUUGAUGAGAUAAUGUGGUAAUUUGUACCAACCUGAAAUUGUCAAAACUUUGUAAAAUCUGAUUUCUUAAUUAUUUAGAGGUGACGAGAUGUACCAGCUAAACAGUGUCCAUCACAGUCCUGAUAAAGUGUUAUGUGCCUUAGCAAUGAAUUAAAUGUCAGGAUAGCAUAAAUAUGCAAGAAAGAGAGAGAGACUGCAUCUAAUCUGCACGUUUGCUAAUUGGCUUUUAUCUUUGUGCUAACUUCAAGAACCUUCCUAGAGAUUUCAUUUUCAUUGACUUAAAGCUCCUGUGAGGAACUUUUGUUGUGCUGUCCAUGGACAAUGUAGUCUCAUUAAAAAAAGGAGGCCAAAAAUGCCAUCCUGCUGUCUGUUGACAGUCAGAUCCACUAUUCAUUGUGAAUGUUUUGGUUUUUUAUGGACACUAAGUACAGCACUGUUUCUCCAGCCACUUGGCUGACAACUACCCCCUUUUUGCAUUUUCAUGAAUUAAAAAAUUUAAAAUUACAAAAGAAAAUUACUUGAUCUUAAAACUCAGUACGUUUACAUGACACGCAAGAAAACCAAAUCAUUGCCUUACUCCGAUUAAGACUGGACAACUGAAGUGCAUGUAAACACCUUUGUCCGACUACAAUUGGAGAACUCCAUGUAACCAGCGUAGUCGGACUAUAAUCUGACAAUGCAUGUACGCCAUGCCUCCUUAACUCCAGAACAAAAAAAAAAAGAGGCGGAUAAUGGCUUUGUUUACAGUCAGAAAAAGAGGGCCGCUUGAAAAAUGUAAAAUGUUGACUACACAGACAUAACCGAACACAGCGAUAUCGUGAUAUUCCCAAAUGUCAUCAAUAACUAAUAGCUAUUGACUGAUAUUAAAAGCUUUUUUGUAUAUUCACCACAAAAAAAUAGGUUUCUUAAACAGAAUCCUGCCUACCCCACCUUUAAAGAAAACUACGUAGAGGAGCUUUAAAAUGUAAUGGUGUUGAUAUGAAUUUCAUUUUAUGAUGUUUCAAAAAAACUCCUCACAGGAGCUUUAAUAUAGGCCUAGUUAUAGGAAAAACUAUUUUGUUCAUGUGAGUUCAAAAGCAACAACAAACUGCAUCAUGGAUCUCGAAAGUGAAAGAGGAGCUAGUAAGGGGUGGAUGUGGGGGGGGGGGGGCAAACAGGUUUGGGCACUCAACAGGUGGGGGGAAAACCAUCACAACCUGUUUUAAAGGACUGAGCAUGUCCGUGAAAUAACUAGGGUUUAUGGGAAAGUGAGGAAGAAAUGAUUACAUAGCAAAAACUUUUGUCAAUAAAAAAGCUAAAACACUCAAAUAUGUGUAUGUGUGUCAGUGAGGGCAGUUCCUACAGAUGGACUAAGUGUGUGUAUCUCAACAGGAAUAUCUAUGCUAAUAUAAUGGUAAUUUACUGCAUAUAGAGCCUCUUAAAGUCCCCUCUGUGGUAGUUACAGCGUUAAUAGUCCCGUCUAGCUCCACCUCCACCACCACCUUUUAUGCUAAUUUCAGAGUGAUCUGUGCACGGACAGGAGGGAGCCGCUCCGUGCUCUGUAUGUGCGCCGCAGCCUGCAUGACUGCCGCUUCAUGUCGAUGAAAGCUUCGGACACGCACACUCAUCCUAUCUGCUCCGGAGUUUUUCAUUCUGUGACCGUGUCGGUGUGUAAUGUCGCCGAGGACGCGCAGCUGAACGUGAGUCUCGUGGAUCCAGCCGGUGGUUAGAAGAGGGAAAGGUGAACGCACCUUGCAUCCAGCCAUGGGAGGUCAGAUCACCAGAAACACCUUCUACGGUAAGGAUAUCAUGGCACCACGGGGCAGGAUUCAUGAUCAUUGAUGACUAAGAGUGAUGGUGGAAUUUUAAGGAUGAUAUAAUCGAGUUAUGAGCGUGCAGCUUUAAGCCCGUGUGCAGGAAAAUAGUAGGCGUCCUGCAUGGCAGCCUGAAAUAAAUGAGAAGUGAAAGUAGCUGCUUCAGCCAAGUUUUACCACCUUCUGAUGCCAAAGUCACGAUGAGAUUUAAAUUAGUGCAAAAAGUAAAGUGGGGUUGUAGUUUUUAAAAAAUAAUAACGAACAGUCUCAAAAUAAUUGAUAAAAUUAGAUGAAGUCUGAGAGGACCAAGUUGAUGCACAACUUUUUGACCCAUGGUUGGCAACUAAUAGUAACAACAGCUUUAUCUGUCCAUGUCACUGUAUGCUCAUUAACUACACAUGUUUUACCAAGUGCUCUGAGCAAAAUGACUGAUUUUAACAUGAAUGAAAUUAUCUUUGGUGAACAUAUUGAGUUUUUUUCUUAGAGCCAGAAUAAAAAAUUUAUUGUAUUAUUUCCUCUGUUUUUUAAUGGCAGAGUUACACAUACAGGAAUGUCAUGUCUUUGAUUUGUUUUAACUGAAACUAAUAUUCUAUAUUUGUUUAACUACAAUACCAUCUUUCUAUCUUUUCUUUAUAAACUUUUAUACUUUCCAGACAAGUCAAAAAUCUCCACAACAAAAUGUGUAUAGAUCAAAUUUGGAGAUUCUUUUUAAUCGAAUUGCAAGAAAAUCACUAUUUGAGAAUCACUAACACCAUUUUUUAAUAAUUGUGCAAACUUAUUUCUGUUUAAAUCUUCAUAAAUGUGAGUGUUUACUUAUGUUUGUGCAGUUUUUGGCUAUUGGUUGAACAAAUAAGCAUAUCAAGUUGUCUUCUUUGGCUCUUUGCUAGGACUUUUUAGAAGCUAUCAUGUUUUUGACACAUUAUUCAAGGGUAAGGCCAAUUAACUAUAGUGUUAAAACUUUAGGUACAGCCAGAAAGAAAAUGUUUGUCAUUUGAAGUCCUGUUUAACAAGGUUAUUGUGAUUAAUGGCUGAUGUUUGGCUCAUUUGCCUCAGUAGGCCAAGGUGACUUGGAAACAUUUUGCACUCACGUGCCCUAUUACAAGUGUCUAUUUGGAUUAAACUGCUUUGCAUUUGUUAUAAAUCCCCAGAUGAACCAGCAGUCACAGGUCAACCCGUGCAGCUUUUAUUUUUGUUUUCAGUAGCAAUGUUAAAGGCCUCUGGUGUGAAUAAUGAUGUGGGUUCAGACUGGGGCACUGCUAGCUUCCCUGGACCCCUGACAAGACCUCAGCAAGGACCCUGAAAACAUAACUCAUGUCAUUUUCCAGGGACCCUUACAGGCUCUGAAAUACUCCAGCUCUCAUUUGGUGACCUUCUAUGAUUUUAUUGCUUAGGAACAGGGAAUCUUAGCAUGAUGUUGGCAUUAGAAGUUAAAGACAAAUUAUUUAUUCUGGUGAAAACUAACAAAAUUGACGGACUAUCCAUGCUUGCAAGGGUUGGUGUUUAUUUUCUCCAUUAUGGUUUCACGUCAUAAUUCACAAUGUUUCUCUUAAUUUAGAUAAACGGAAAAAAAAACUUGGGCUGAUACUGACAGGAAAUAUAUCAUUUAAUAGAAAUAUUACAUUUGAGUGUUUGGACUUGCUUUUAUUGAUCUGUUAUUAACACCACAAAAAGAGUGACAGACUGUGAGUACAUGACACAUCUGUGCCCUUUGGUUAUAUAGGACGCUGCCUCUUUGGACAUGUCUAGUGAAAGAUAUCUGCCAAUGCUCUAGACAAAGUGAGGACCAAAAAAAUAGGAGUAAGUCCAGGUGACGGGGGCAGAUCUGCUGUUUGUCUCAGCGAAGUUUGUAAUUUCCAGCAAAUCCCAGCAGAGGCAGUCACAUGCUGUGCUUUGGGAAAUAGUUAAGACUGAGAAGUAUUUUGAUAUAAUCAAACAGUAAUAAAUGUUUUAUGGCCUGCAAAAGGAAAUUACACUGCUCAGUAGAUCAAAAGUUUUAUUUCCUGUUUUUCACUUCUUUCCGCUGCCAGUUUUCAAGGUUUUCUCGGAACCAAAUUCUUGCGCGCUGACCAGAACAAAAUUGUUCUUGGCAAGGUCACAGUGUCACAUAUUAUCUAGUUAAAAAAAAGAUGUAGUAUACCUGCGGCCCAACAUUAAUACACAUUUAACAAUCAUUGUUUACGCUGACGUCUCGAUCAGGUUUCACGAGUUUUUUAAAAAAAUGUAAACUAGCAGCACAAGCACAAACUUGCCCAACAUUUGCUCUUACUUAAAGCUCCUGUGAGAAACUUUUUAUCCAUGUUUACUAUGGUGCCCCCUUGUGGUUAAAACAGUAAGCCUCAUACUGUUGCCAAUUUUAUCCCAUACUUGUGAAAAUUGUUUUGAGAAAAACAUCUCCCUUUUGUCAUUUUAUGAUGAAAUUUACCACUCACAGUGAUUAUUCAAUGUGAAAAAGUACCGAAUUCAGUUGCUUAAAUGCACCUACCCCCUCACAGCAGUUACAGUCAUAUAAAAUUAUGCUAAAGAGCUUUUUGUUUUUGUAAAAAAUUAUCCUUUUUACAGCUUAGACACACAACAGUCUGUUUCACAACUCCUCACAGGAGCUUUAAAUGAAGUUUAUUAAUUCAUAUAUUCAUUCUUAAAUCAUAUAACUCAUAGGCACAAGAAUAAAAAGAAACUCGUCUAUGUUCUCCAUUUCUGUAACCCACUCAAAGAUGCCUUGAAUGUGAAGAUAAGGGUGCUAAAGGAGUGAUAUUUAUAGAGUAAGUGUACUGUAGGCUGAGAAAAUGCAAAUGUGAGAACAUUACAUUCUUGGUUGGACGGUAAAGCAAAUUUAAUCAAUGUGCAGAUGUCUGUGAGGUGUUGCUUCUAUUUUCUGACCUUAGGAAACACCGUAUUCAGUCUCAGGCCUGGUUUUGAUGGAGUACAACACAGCCCUGUUUUGUUUUUCUGAAGACAUCACGUCUGACAUGACAUCAUGUUUGCAAUAUGGUUGAAGGAUUUGUUAUGACUUCAUUUAAGUCCACUGUUGUACAAAGAACACAAUUCAACAUUGUUCUGCAGGGACAAGAGCAUGCAAGGGGCUUAACAAAUACACUGUAGUGAGCCCAGAACACUUGGCAGAGCCUCUCCGAUUGUGAAGCGAAGGGAAGGACUCUUUCUGGUAUCUACACAUAAUGAAUUUCUACAUCCUGGGAAGGAAAGUAGUGUCCCAAAACCAACAUCUCUGCCCUGAAAUCACAACAGUGAGUGGCCUAGUGUCAAAGUCGCAUGAUAAGUCAGCGUCAAUCUUAGUUGGUUUGUCUCCAGUGUACAUCACAGUCCUCUUCAACCCUCAAAGAAAAAAGAAUAACCCUCUUCAGCAAUGACCCUCCAACAGGCAAGCAAAAGCAGCUUUGAAACAGUCCUUCAGAUUUAGGUGUAAAAAAUCAUGCACUUCUUAAGGACAAGGAAGUGUUUAUCAAGUAUUUUGUUUCCAGUCUUGACAUGUCGGGUACUUUAAGGCCUUUAUAUGUUAUUGUGGAGAAAAGCUUCGUAUUUUAGCACUUGAUCUGAUUAAUUUUUUUCAGCUCAAUAAAUAACUCUGUAUGACCCGUCUUUAAAUUUGAAGAGGACUCAAAGUAUUAUGCUUUUCCACAUUUACAACGAAAAUGCAAAGUUACGAUGUUUGGUGUCCUGACUAAACGUAUGCAAAUUUUCAAAUCAGGAGGUAAACGUAUGUUAUUGUUAUCUUAGAAAACAGAUGUGAACUUCUCAGAAUGGUUUGUGUGAAAUUACACGCUCUCACCAAGCCAUCUAUAAGACUCACUUAACUAACUAGAUUAAUGCAAUAGGCUCUCCUAACUGGUUCAUCUGUACUUCUGGCACAGCAGGAUGGGGUAAGGCUGCUCCCCUGCACUACUUAAGUUCUUACUGUGGCCACGAUUGAGGGGGCGGGCCCAAAACAUUGAGCGCUGCCCUUGGCCUGCUUCAGGAGAGCCUCCAGAGAGGUGGCCAAUCAGAUGAAAGUAGGUUCAUGGAGGGGGGUAAAACAAAGUAUUUCAGAAGGAGGCUAAAAUAAUGAUAUUUUGAUACACCAAUAUGAGAAACACAAGGCUUUUUCUAUCUGAAAAUUAAACCAAUUAAGGAGGUAUUAGAAUAGAGUAUGAAAGGAAAACAUUAAACCCCCCACUUUAAUUUGUGUGAGAAAUUUCCUCCCUAUCUAUCUCCACCUCAGUAGUGUUGGUGUGGGAGAGAUAUCUUGAAGGACAAAUAGGGACAGUAGUACCAAAAACAGGAAGUAAAUGUUAAAACAUUAUGACUUCAGACAAAUUGUUUAUCAGUCUGAAACCCAAAAAGACAGAUGUGGUGUGAAAAAACGAUGAACCAGUUCCAUUAUGUGAUACCGUCAGUGGGAGCAGUCAUGAUUCACACAUGUUCACAUGGGAAAAAAUUUUAAAUCCUCCUGCAUAUUGUGAGUCAGAUGUUUUCCUUUGGGUCUGCUCUUAUUUUGCUGUUUCCUCUGACCGGCUCAGGAAGAUUCUCAUCUCAUUUAGCAAUACAGACUUUACGGAGCAGAUGUUAGCUUUACCUUUCUCUUUCAUUAUGAAAAAGCAGGUCACGUCUUCUUGACUUUAAGGCACAACUGUGUAAGUGAUUAUGUGAAGUGGGGGUUCUGCAAAUGAGACUCCUCACUGUGUGAGCAGCGCCCUGGUGCUAAAUGGACAGACCUGUCCUCCCCACUGAAGUGAUUUUAAGAAGAUUCAAAUUAACAUUUAACUGAGCAUUUUAACUCACAGUCAAGAUAAAAAAAAAUGUCCCUCCAUCUUCCAAAAAAGUUGAGUUGCUCUGUGAAUUGUUGAUAAUGUCUAUACUUAGUUGAAAAUGGAGCAGAGACAGCAUGUCAAAUGUUUUAGUACUUUGUUUUUUUGAAGUGAAACAUAAAAGAGGGGCUCAACAGGGACAACAAAACAUUAAAAAGUUGUGUAUUACAAAAAGAAACAAAACCUGGAGAAAAAUCUCCUAAAAAUUAGGCUGAUUUUCUCAAGGUUAGUAACCAGACUGGGUAUGAAAAAAGGGCUUUAUCAAGAGAAUGAGUCUCACAGACACAAAGAUGGGGAGAGGUUCACCACUUAAGGUGAAACCGCUUAAGCAGAAAAACAUUCCUCAGCUUAUAAUUGCAAAUAUUUUUUUCUGGCCCCAAGCAGCACUGUAUCAUGACUUCGCAGUGGAAAUCAACAUAUGAGCAUAAAGUCACUUUCAGGAACUAUUGUCUCUGAACUGUUUGUCACUGCAGCCACUAAUUCAGGUUAAAGCUAACGUGCAAAGAAAUGCCAGUGACUGUACCCUACCUGGCUUCACUUCAGAUGAACAAAGGUGCACUGGAAAACUUCUGGUCUGACAAAUCAAAGUUUGACUUUCUUUUUGGAAAUUAUGGUCGCUAUGUCCUCCACUAACUACAGUCAAAACCAGCUAACAUUUUCCCACCGUGGUACCAGGAAUAGCUACUUUUGCCACAGGCGUCAGCAGGCAGAAGAGAAAUGUGCCUCAAGAUGUCCUUGCUUGCUACCGAGAACUGAUGAUCCCUUUUUUAAGUUUCUGAAUCAGACUCAAGAACUUAAUACAGCCUUGCAACUCCUGACAAAGGCGAGUAAUAAUGAGAAGUGACAUGUUCAUAAAAACACGAGCCACAGCUGGGGAUGACAUAUUACAGCCAUACUUAGCUACCAAUAAAACAGCUUAAAAUAGAAGGUAUCAUCAAGCUCAUCCAAAGAUUUGCUUUCUGCUGGACUAGUUAAGUUGUUUAACCUGAGAUCUUUUGUUUUCUCUUGUCCUUUUUUAUUAUAAAAGUGAUCUGUUUUGUUGGGAAACAAACUGGCAAUGAUUUUUUUUUUUCAAUCUGUAAAGAUGAAGGUCAUAAAUACUUAACAGAGAGAGAUAAUUUUCUCAAAUUAGAUCAAUUUGCUGCAUUAUUUUCCAUAUUAAUAUAUAAAAGGGAAGUUGUUCUGGCCUUGUUCAGUGUUUUCCUUUGUUCAAGGACACUUUUGCCUUUAAUUCGCUUUGCACACUGUGCUUCAGUGUUAGCAGUAGGUGUGAGGUUGCAUUGAGCUUCCUUGGAAACUGGAAACAGGACCGUAGGAUUAGAUUAUUUCAAGCUUUUUUACUAAAUUGGAUGUUACAGGAGCUGACAGCAGGUCACAACCUGGAGUUCACCUCAUGAUGUCGGGAUUUUAUUUAAAGUGAAUCCUGUGGAGCCGCAUAGGAACUAAUCUAAUACCCUAAUCUAAUCUAAAAUUGGAGUUUUUGGCUGUAAAUUACCAGUAAUGUGUUUUCUUUCCCCCACCUGUGGUUCAAGAUAAGAAACCCUUUUUAUUUUCCACUCAGAUUCUCUGAACGGCCCGUUUCCCGUCACAUCCCACCGAUGUCACCACAAGCCGAAACGCUGCCUGCCUAUCCAGCCAUGCGGGAGUUUGUCUGCCUUCCCUCUGCUUUUCCACCCGAGCACCAAGGGUUCACAGAUCGUCAUGGACAUGUCUCAGAGGACAGUGAAGAGACAGGCUAGCUUCUGUAACGCCAUCACCUUCAGCAACAGGCCUAUCGCUGUGUACGAGCAAGUUCGACUGAAGGUAAAAAAAACAAACACACCAGACAUGUUCCAGUAUAGGCAUUCAGACCAUGUUUUGGAGUUGUGAUCUGUAAACAGUGGAAAGAUAAAAAGGAAAGGAGAGGAAGUCGAUCAAAAAUCCCUGCAUGCUACACAAAAAACCACUGGGUUAAAAAUUGACCCAGUUUGGGUCAAUACAGCACUGAUGCAACACUCACCUCUCUCUGUGUUUGUUUUUAUUUUUCAUCUCCCUGUCUCCCUCCCUCCCUCUCUCUCUUUAUCCCCCGUCUUUGCUCUCCUGCUUUGAUUUUCUCUCUUUUCUCUCUCUGCUCUUGUGUGGGCCAAAGCAGGAGCAGCGUAGAACAAGUUUCCACUUCACCUAUCAGGCCAUCUAUGUCUCGAUAGUGAGAGAGCAGGGCAAGCAUUACCAUGUGAGGAAUACUCUUAUCUGGCACGGUUCAAUGCAGAGUAAAUACAGGUUCGAAAUAAGACAAAAAUCGUUUGCAGGUGAUAAAAAUACCAAGGUUAAUAGUCUUGUUUCCCUGAAAACAGAUAUUUAGCUUUGGUUCCUGAGUGGCAACUAUGGAUGGCAAUGGGAUGGCAAACUAUGGGAUCAAUGGAUGGUAGAUUUAUGGCAGCUCUGCUUCAAGAUAAAUCUGUUUAUCCAUGGUGAUAUUUGUAUGAUUUAUGUCAGCAAAAUAUCUAGAAUGAUUUUAAUGCGUUAGGUUUAUUACAAAAUUCAUGUCAAAUGAAUGAUAAAUUCAUUUCUGCCAUUAAUCAAAAACCUAUAUUCUACAGAUCACCAAAAAGCAAUGCUGCUGGAGCGGUGCCUUGCGCCUUGGUUUUACUUCCAAAGACCCAUCAAGGAUCAACCCAGACACUCUGCCAAAGUAUGCCUGCCCUGACCUGGUCUCCCAGAGUGGCUUCUGGGCAAAGGCCCUCCCGGAGGAGCUCUCUAACGAGGGAAACAUAAUCUCCUUCUGGGUGGACAAGAAGGGCCGAGUGUUUUACCGAAUCAACGACUGCAGCCCAAUGCUGUUCUUCAGCGGGGUUCAUGUCUCUGAACCUUUGUGGGCUCUCAUAGACGUCUAUGGCCUCACCAGGGGGGUCCAGCUGCUAGGUGAGUCAUGAGAUCUAAAAUAGUAUGUUUCUUUGAGAGACGUUUGUCUUUUGUCAAAUUUUAGUUGUUUAUUACUUGCUCGCUCGUAUUGUUCCUAUUAAAUUCAGAAUUAAUGCAGAUCAAUACUUCAGAUGAUUACAAAUGGGGCCCAGUCAACUUGACAGUAAAAAGCAUUGGUGCUACUGUAAAUUGCCAACAGACUACCAGCAAACACAAUAUUUGCAGGACUUCUGUUACAGACACUUGGCUUACUAAGCAGAAAGGUUACAGGGUCUGUAAGCUCCCUAAGUGUCACCCAACGUUUAUGCUUUAUUGAUGUCGACCCGGCUUUUUAGCUCUUGUCCAGGUGGUCUACCUCAUUUUUAAGCGCCCAUUAUUCCACCAGAGUCUCCAGUAUUUACUUCGUUUUCUUGCUUGUGUCGGCAUUUGUGGCCAAAGGAGAAUUCAGACAAUUUUCCGUACUUUCUGGUUGGUUUCUGCUGUCUGAUAUUGUAGCACGCUAACUUGGUUUGGGCUUGUAAACGACACAGGGGAGCAGCAUCUGCCUCACAACCAAUCAGCACUAAGGAACAGCGUCUGCCUCACAACCAAUCAGGUUGGGAGAGGCAGAGAAUGGCUUUGUUUACAGUCAGAAAGAGUUGGCCGCUCAAAAAAUGUACAAUAUUGACUACACAGACAUAACAAAACACAACGAUAUAAUUAUAUCACCAAAUGUCAUCAACGGCGUGUAAGGACUCGGCUUGAAGACCAUUGAAUGCAGCGUAGUCAUAGCUUCAGACUCAAUGCUGUACCAAUGGAAACUAUUCUGCAUCUGGUUAUUCAGUUAAAGUGGUUAAAAGGUGAUGUUACUCACAGCUGCUCUACUUUUUCCACACCCUCCAAAUAGCUCUGUGGAAAAAGAUGGUGGGAGAUUAGGGAGAUUGUAUAGUUACCGCGGUCAUUAGUAUCAGAGAAAUUUCCCCAAGGAGAGGGUUUCAAAAUGUCUGAAAUUUAUUCUAACAAGUUUAAAGGGUCAUUACAUGAAAGAAAUCGAGAGUAAACAGGUCCCCUCAUUAGCUGUGGUUUUCACGGCACUGAAUCAUCUCAAGUAUGUUUGGAUUGCAGAUUGAGAUGCAUUCAUGAAACACAUCAUGUGUUCAAAACAGCUGUCUCCAAUUUUUAGGAACAGUAAGAGACUAUGUAAAAUAAGAUAAAUAGAAAUCGCUGUGGAUGCCUUCAGCACUUAUAACAAUUCCAAGAAGUGCGCUGCCCCUCUCCAAAGAAUAGAGGCUGUCAUCACCCCUAAUAAAAAUAGAAGAGGCUCCCAAGUUGUGUAGAUAGUGCCAUUUAACCUCAUUUCUCGCGGUGUGCUUGACAGCGAGAAGCGUGCUAUCUCGUGAUGGGCUGUUUGGUAUCCAGCACCAGAGUGCAGCUAUCUGGGGUUCACUGGCCUCGCGGUGCUGACCAACACACAGCUCUUGUCGAGGAACAAGAGGAGUGUGUCGGUCAUCCGAAGAGGACACAGGAGAGGAGGGAUGAUGUCAGGUAAUGACAUGUCUCUGGUGUUGUUUUUUUUUUUUAUUUUGCUCUUCAGUCUAGCCAGAGGAAUGUCUCAGUCUCUGGAUCCAAGUUCUACUUCAUUUAACGUGUCAUCUCCCUGCAAUCACAUCCUACACUAAUUCAUAUGUUUUCCCGAGGGGCCUGUCUGCAAAGCAUGAUGAAAAAAACAACACCGUUUUGCAAUUUAAAGUAAGAUUUCUCAAACUGCAAAGGCAAGCAUCAUCAGUGAUUUUUUUUUUUCUGCCUGCGAAUGAGGCCAAAGCACUAAAUCCCAGUGGUUCUUCUCUGGUUUUCCCACAUUGAUCGACUUCAUCCUCACAUUGACGUCUUAAACCCAAAAUCCUUAGCCCUCAGUCAGCUGAAGGAUCUCUUGGCUAUCAGCUGUCCUCUGUAGCCCGAGAGCGUCACUACUCAAGAGCAUGGUAUAUCUCAGAGGCUCUGUAUUGUCUCAGCAGUUGGCUGCAGUUCAGCAAACACAUAGGCUCUGAAAUAUGGGCGGGCACAUCAAAGUCUAAACCCGCACAUGUGCACAUUUUCCGUCAACAGAAAAAGCACCUUUUGCUUCUUAAUGAUGCUUACACUCAACUCUGAAAUAAAUGCUGCACCAGCUGAUAAAAUGAACCGAAUUUCACCUGUUGUGGCCUCGUUAUCACACAAUCAGUCCAGGUGGGAAUUACAGUUGGCGCAGUUGUUUUUUUCAAUUUUUUUAACAGAGGAUAAAUGGAGUGUGAAGCUGUAAAUAUGUGCUGUUUGAGGUUAGCUGACCUUGAUUUAGCUUUGCUGAUAAACGCACAAAGUAGAAAAACUCCAAGGGAAAACAAUUUACCAUAAACCUGCUGACCUUGCAAAGUAGCUCUUUUUAAAAAGGAGGCCAGGUUUACAAAUGUCAAUCAGCAAUGCCGUCUCAGGCACUGAAAGGAGCUUUAAAUGAAAACUCUACAUAUUUUUAUGAUAUUUUAAACUCAGACAGACCUCAAAGUCAACGCAUACAACCAGAGAUAUGAGCUGUGUCUCCAUUCAAGAGCAGGAUCAUUCAAAGGACCCAGCGUUCAAAGGCUAAACUAAAAUGAGACCGUCUAAUCUACGGAAGACUUCAUGUUUGCAUCACCAGCUUUCCUUACCUUUAUAUUUAUUUCACGUUGGGUGGCUAACUAGCAAACGUAGCUAGUGUCGAGUAACUUAAAAACCAUCAACUUUCAAGGUAACUGUCCAUUUGUAUCAUUUGUAUCACCCACUUUUCCAUUGAUUUUAAAUACUUUUAUUAAAUAGUAUUUAUAGGGCCACUCGGGAGUCUGCCAUCUUGUUUUAAUUGGUGCAUAAAUAAAUUUAUGUUAGGCUAUAAAGGAUUUGUCCGGGGAGUUCUCACUGGCCCUGGGAAAGAUAAGACACAUUAAGUCGGCCCCAUCUGAAGGAGCAUUCGUAUUCAUGAUGACAGCCUUUUAAUGUCUGAAAUGCCGGUCGAUUGUCGCACAACUAUCCGCCACAAGCUGGGGCUAGUACCUACAAUUAAAGGCUGCUGCCACAGUGCUAAAUGAAGAACUGUAUGUAUAUAAGAACCCAUGUCAAAUGCAUUUUGGAUGGAUAGUAAAAAUUGAGAUAAAGAUUUAUGAAGGCCGUCUUGUUAAAGGAAUAUUGGGGUGUAAAAUUAAAACACACCGUAACACAGAGUUAGACACCCCGUCGAGAGAUGAAUGUUGCUGAUCGCUUGCUUUUCAGUUAUACCAACUUUAGUAACGACAAACCUCAACCAAAACACCACGUCACAAAUAAUGUUCUUCCUUGAGCUGCGUCACCCCACUGCAGUCCGUGAUGGACAGGCCUGAGGUCUCCAUACAAACAAGCAGCUGCUGGAAGAGAGUAGGUGAGUUGUGUUUAGUCUCUUUGCUAAAGAAAUUAGGCAAAGUUAAAAAGAUGUUUGGUGGCUAGUGCUAUGGCUGGGACCCUAUAUGUACUGUUGAUGAAGUUAGGUGCUGUUCUGAGCAUUAUUUGUAGCUAUAGAGUGGUGUUUUGGUUGAGGUUUGUUUAUGACUCCUUAUGGUUACUAAAGUUGGUAUAACUAGAGAAGCAAGCAGCCGGCAACAUUCAUCUCUCAAGGGGGUGUCUAUGAUGUGUUACGAUGUGUUUGACACUAACUUAAUUCUUAAUUUUGCGCCUGAAUAUCCCUUUAAGAGGCAUAUAAUGACUCGAGCAGCACAGGCAUGUGGAUUUGAAGUUGAAGGGGGGUCCAAAGGCUGGUGGUUCUAGCUCUGCUAAUGUUAGCCCCCCUUCACGAACCUUUUUGAUUUUGUUUUCCUGCAGACGCUCUCAUCCUGUUGUUGAAUAAAUUGUGCUCAGUGUUGAUUACUCCUUGAGUGAUUUGUACAUCUUUUUAGUUGAAAUUUAAAUUAAUCGCUUCAAGAUGUACUCAUUGGUAACUGUAGGUUUGAGUUUGACCCACAUUAGGACCAAAAGCUGUUUACAUCCAGACCUCUCUUCUUUUACUCUUGUGAGUUCAUGAGCUUUAUGAAAGUGCAGUGGUGCUUUAUCAUUGGAGUCCCCUGCACGCUCAGAAAAUAAACAUACAGUAUAUUUGUAGUAAUAACAGAUUUCUUCUCUCCUAAACAUUUCACCAUUGUUUCUCUAAGCAGAACCAUUCUUGCGCUGUGACCUCAUUUUCCAGCUGACACAGUCAUUUACUCAGAACCAACCAGCCUUUACUCUCCUAUGAUAAGACCCAUGUAGACUCUGAUUGUCUUCUCUUUGUGAACAUUUUCUCUGCGCUAAACUUAAUUAUGAAGGUGUCCCUCCACACGUCCGCGCAUAUAACAAUAACUUUGCAAGCUCCUACAAUAAAGGCACCGUAUCUACCAGAGUUAGGAGGUAAAUGAUUUUACAGCAAAGACUUUUGGUUUUUUAAUUAUUUUGCUGUAACUAAUAGAUGAAAAUGAUAGAUAUUUUUUAUUUUUUAUUAAAGAAAAAGAGUAAAAAUAUCAAAAAGGUUGACUUUUUUUUCCAUUCAAGUUCAGUGACCUACUAUGACAGAGGUCUAUUCUAGCAGUCAGGUGUGUUUUUAGCUCCUGAUAAUCCCCAUCAAACACAUGCUCUGCAGGAUUCUCAUGUAUCCGUUUGAUCUUUUUUACAACCUUGCGUGCUGCGUUUAGGUUUGAAUCAAAGCUGCUUUACAUCACUACCUUUUCACUUGUGCUGUUUUGUCGGUACAACCUGCUUUCAAACACUAUUCCUGCUAUCAGGUCUUACUCUGAUGUUUAAGGAUCUUUUCAAGAGCGGUGUUGUUUCCUCUCUAAGCUGUUAUCAAGGGAGUGCAGUGCAGCAGCUAGCCACCCAUGCAAGGAGUCAAAGGUGAGCCCGAGAUCAGUGAGACUGCUUGAAAGCUGAGAUGGGGUUGCGUAAGAGAGGAAGCUAAAUUAAUCUGCUGAAAUCAAACUGAGCCUGAGGGGUUGCCCGGACCAACAAUGCAGCCCAUGCAAUUUAAGAAAGAUCUGUUACAUCAUACCACACUUAUCCUACUCACGCAGCUAUCAAUAAAGACUGAACACUGAAGUGCCUUGCUUGGGUUUUGUAUAGAAUAGCCCGUGCAGCUAAGGAAGUGUGGCGCUACAUUGCAUAAGACGUAUGUCCAUAUGUCUGAUACAAAAAAGUAGCAUUCAAAAACAAUUUGUCAGCUGUUCUUGAACAAAUAUAAUUUCUCACUGCAUGUAUCCAAGCAGCAAGGCAGAAAAUGUAGUUUUAGAUUUGAAACUCAACAGAAUAUUUUUUCUAAAAAAGAAAAGUUUGGGAGCUUUUCUUUUUUUUUCCCCCCCCAACAGUUAACUUUCCAAGGUUUAAGUUUUGUCAAGUUUGUUGUUGAAGCCAAGAAUCAGGUCACUAAAAACUUGCAAGUGUUUUCAGUUUCAUUUCCCUGAAGCGCAACACAUAUGGGAAUGCUAUAUCUGUCUGUAGUCAGAAAAGUUACGGCGCUCCCUGAACACGUGUAUGGCUGCAGUCUGAACAGAGUGUUUGUUUACGGGACCGAUCCCGAGAGACCGCACAACAUCCGACGUUUUGUACAGGUAUGAUGGAUCCUUUCCAAGUCUGAUAAGCGGAGCGAGUCAAAGGCAGCUUUUGAUGGAUGCAAGAUGCUCUACUGGGGGUUUGUUUACUAGAGGUAGAUGAGUCACUUAAUCACUGACAGAGUGCUAGUGAUCCGUGAGACCGGCGUCAGCUAACAUCGUCUGCAGCCUGUCUCUCCAGUCAUUAGAGAAGAAUCCAAAAUGGCUACCAGACUGUCAAGAGGCUGAAUACCUCUCAGGUGAUUAAGGGGAGGGAGUUGACAUCAAUCAUGCUGGUACACGGCGUUGCGAUGCAUCAGACCUGUAGUGCAUCAUGGUGGGGAAAAAAACCUCCUGGUGUUUUCUGUCCUCCUAAGAAACAUUUCAAUAAUGUUUCAGCGUUAGACAGUGACACGUUGACAUGUUGACAACAGAUGCAGGACCUGAUGUUUGAGGACUUCACUGAUGGUAAUGAUACUUUAGUCAGACCAAGUUUGCAUUGCAGUUGUCCCAAAUGCAAAACCAAAGAAAGACAGAUAGAUUGGAGACUUGAAGCAAACAUACAGACAGGUUGAAGGCCCUUUAAAGUACAGCUGAUCUGCUAUUAAGCUCCAUAUUUAUUUUAGGAUUAACAGUCUAACCUUUUUGAAUCUUUAAACCCUGUUUCACCGGUUUGUUGUUGAUCAUUUGUACCAGCUAUUAAGAUCUUGGCUGGCUCGCCUGAAAAUCCUGAUCUUUAUGAGAUUAUUUCUCAUGGUGAACACUUGCAGCACAAGUCUCAAGAUUAUGAACAUCCUUAAAAUUAUAUUGAUCAUACAUUGAAAUAUUCUUUGCAUUUUGUCAAUGGCUCAUUCAGUACAUUCACAUGCACUUAAAAAUCAAUAUAUUUAUUCAGUUCUACUGAAACUAGAAAGGAAAUCAAACUUAUUAUAGUCUGACGAACAUAAUCUUUCCAGCUCUGAAAGUGGCGUAAGCAUCGUGUGCAUGUCCCUGUGUUUGUAUGCCAGGCUCUGAGCUAGUGGUUGAAUAGCAUGGAUGCAUUGCUAGGAAGCCAGAUAGAAAACAAAACCUCAUCAGAUGAAGAAAGGACAUAAAAAAGACAAAACUCUCCUAACAGUACUCAGAGGUGUGAAACAGACCGCUUGCCUACCCGUUUUAAUACAUUACAGGCCAACCAGAGUUGACCCAAUAGUCAUAAUUCCAUUAAUUCAGGUAUUUCAAGAGAGAGAAAAAAAUCCAUUAUUCAAGUCAAUAUAUCACUUUAAUGCAUAAAUGUAGCUUCACAAUGCUGGAAGCAGGACUAUACGUGAUUUGGAUUUGGAGACUAUCUGGUAUAAUCUUUGUCUGAAUGAGUAAAAACUCUCAUUAGUAUGAAAACCUGCCGUGGUUCAAAUGAAACAUAAAAUGUUAAGUACACAGUUAAAGAUCAGGGAUAUCUUUGACUCGGGACCAUCUCUGUCAAACGAUGGAGUGGAAAUGCUGAGAAGAAAGAAAGGUUUGUGCUGCACCAACAUGUUGAGUUGUCUGGACCUGAUUGUACUGUACUUUCCUUUCUUUGUGUCUAUUUUCGUCCUUGUUCGCUCUGUGUGCUCAACGCUCACGCUCACUUGCUUCGAAUCUCUCUUAUUCUUUCACUUGUCAACACAGAUUAUGUGGAGUUUUACCGGGCUUUGAUUUGUGGAUGAAAUGGUUUUAUAUAUAGAGACAGAGGGGUCAGGUAGGUGCAGACUGACAUGAGUGGUCAGAUACACAGACUACAACCAGUAUUCGACCACUGUAGGCAAAAUGGCAGGACAUUUUUUACUAUACAUCACAUGCGUAACUUUUAAUUUAUUUUAAACUGAAUCUUUAUUAAUGCUGCGUUCAGUAUACCAUGUGGGCGUCAUCCCUGCUUGUUUUCACAGGGCUUCAUAAGAGAGCAGAACCAAACCCCUUAGUUGCUUUUGAUUGAUGAAGACAUGUGAUAGGCCUGAAGGCUCUGAUUACCCCAAAGUACUGCAAAUGGAUGUUGCACUAAUGCGUCCGAUUUCUGGUCUGCUGCUUUCAGCCAAAUCCUCCAAAAACAAUAAAGUCGAAAUUCAGCGUGGUAAUAACAAUAUGCAAAGUCAUUAGUCAAAAGUCAGCUCUGAGCCAAAGGCAAACAGCAGACAGUGAUGGGGAAAUGCAAACAGAGAUGCUAAAUGUCUCCACAUUAUCAACAUUCAGUAAUUUCCCUGAGCUGAAUUAUUUUGGCAGAAUGAGACAAAAAUCAUGAAUCAUACUAAAGCUUGUCACCAUUAUUUCCCUCUUGCCCUCUAUUUCUUUACACGGUCCCUCACUGUAUGCUGAUCAUGCCAAGUAAUCACAUGAAAAGUGAUCCAUUUUCAAGGAAGUGGACAUUAAAACCUGAUUAUAGUCGCAUUAAGAUUUUGCAAGACUACAGCUCUCGUUCCAAGUUCCCCUCAUUUGGAAAUCAGUGAAGCCUGCAGCUUAUGUUCCGGUCCAACGAGGAGUUCAAGCCAAUGUUGAUACCAUUUUUGGUUAAAAAUUUUAAGGCUGGGUAGAGAUGAUUGUGGUGCAUUGCUAUUGUAACCUCCUUCAUUUGCAAGUCAGGUCACUGCCCUCAUUUUUGUUUCUCAUGCUUUCACUGUGUUCUUUAACUGCCUAUCUACCUUUCUUACCAAACCAACUGCAGCUUUACUGUGACUGAUUCAUAUCCCAAAUGUUAUUAUCUGAGGAUGAAAAUGACAAAGAAAUGACAAAGUGACAGUUUUCAUGCUACAAACAGGCAGAAUUUCAAAUUCAUGCAAAUUUUAGGGCCAAAAAUACAAAACAAAUGCAACUGAUUUAACAACUUUCAGCUUAGAAAUACUAAGAGUAUCACUAUCAGCUGUUUUUGAUCGUUUUUUUUGACCAAUCAAAAUCAAGAAUGGGAGGGACUACAGAUAUCUACUUUGUCCAUAGUGGAGGAAAACUCAACAGACUCCCUUUUUAAGGAUACAAUUUAUAGGUCUACAGCUGCUGCUGCCAUGAGGACAUGAUGAAUUUUCAGUGUUUCACAUUUUCUUUGCAAAAUUUUCUUGAAAUAAGGAAAAUGUGAAGCGUAAGGAGCAGUCUAAAAAAAGACAGUUCAAAGACAGACACAGCUGAGGAAAACGCUGUGAGACAGCUUUUGUAACCUAGCAACAGUAUGGGCUAGUGAGGAAGGCCCUGAAAUAGAGGUUAUGGGCACUACUGGCAAAAAUAUACCUUUGGACACAGGCCCUAAAUUGGGAAGGACAAAGUAUGCCGAUUUUGUGCCUCUUUUCUGCCAUUCACAGCUGUGCAUAAUGCACACUAUGAAAGUAACACCAGUUAUUAGUACAUGACUCAUCUUUGUUUUCUCACUAACAAAAUAAGUGACAAUUUCGAAGGGGGUUUAAGUAAAUGUGGUGUUAAUUUUGAUUGCUUUAAGCAUUGCUUGAAUUCCAGUGUAAAGACACUAAAGCAUUAUUUGUUCAUGUUUCUAAUUUGUUCAAAUUCAACAAUGAUUUGUCGACCAGUUUGCUGUCAAACACAGCGAGUGAAACCUUGUGGAGGCAGAACUUCAGUUUGGAAGCUUAUGCAAAUAUAGCAAGGCCAUAAAAAAAGACAAGAGCAAAGGAAAAUUUAAUCCCAAGUGUUGAAACACCCACAAUUACUGAUGAAAGUGGCUCACCUUCCUCAAGAUUUUAAGCCUUCUUAAAAAUAUGCAGGACGGUAUAUUGGCUGUAAUCAACUAGAUGAAAGCAGUAGAUGGAGGAAACCAUGGUAACGCUGCCUCUACGGCUGGUGUGAGCCAAGAGAAAAAAAGCAAGACGCCAGAAAAGGACUUUGAGAAACAAAGAAACAAAUAAAAGAUUCACAGAGUCUGUUAAAAAUUGUCUCCGAUAUUACACUUUGUUUAGCAGGCUGGCUCCAAUAAUCAAACAUUGCACUGAUUUGGUUCCUAGAAUAUGCUUAUACUGCAGUUCCAUUGUUCAUAUUAAAGUUUAAUUAUUAAAGCUCGCAGUCUAACUCACUUUGCAUCAAACCUUGUGGCUUUUGCCAAAAAGUAAACACUGCAAAAGUUGGACUUGGUGUGUCAUGUGACAACUUGACUACUAUAUUCAAAUAUGUCUCAAGUUUCAGUUAGUUUGGGCAGUCAUCUACGAUCAAAUGAGAGACUUUGUUUAAAGUAACAGGCUGGAGGUGCGUCCUUCGACCUAACAUCUGACAGCAUGUACACGUUGGGAUUACAGUCUAUGUAUUCAUAAGAGCUACGUUUCAAGUGAUCUCAGCGCCUGGAAUUUAUUUGAUUUGUUGAACCAAAAUAAAUGCCUCUGGACAAGGCUAUUGUACCUCAGCUGGGAUUUAAUCGGCCCAGAUGGAAUCGAACAGAUUUGCGGAGAAAUCAAAAUAGGAAUCGUAAUGGAGCCUGUCAGGUUUGGAUCCUGGGAGCUGGCCUGUGCAGGGGGAAUCCUUCAGAGAGAAGACUAAUCACUUUCAGAUGACCUGAGUCAGAGUCGAGAGUAUUUGUUCUGAAUUUUCUAUGUUAGUGAGCAACUGUGUCCAUCUGGGUUGUGUUCAAAGAGGCUCUCUUGACAUGGUUUUGUCCAAAACAUGGAGAUGAAUUUAUAAUUAGAAAAAUGUGUUUGAGAUCAUUUCAAAACACCAAGGGCAUCUUGUCAGUCGAUGGACACGUCACACGUUUCGGAUUCUUCAAAUUAAAUCUGGCUAGAAAAUGUGUUUGACUUCAAAGCAGGGCCAUUUAUAUAUAUAUAUAUAUAUAUAUAUGUGGUUUAUAUGGUGUUUACAGACACAUUAGCUCAGAGGUGGCCGUGGAAACUUGGAGCCUAUGUGGCAUCCCAAAGUGCUGAAGAGCUUGUUUUUGAAGCUGCCAUUUGUCACCUCUGCAUGUGCCAUUUUCUUUCUGUGAUCAUGUUGCAAACCUCUGAAACAUCUGUCACAAGACCAGAGAGUGGACAUGAUCUCUGAAAUACGUCACAUAUGCUUAGCUCCUGUUGCUGAAGGCAUCUCAGAUACUCAAACUCUAAGGCUGUAUCAAUAUUGAAGCACUCUCUCAGCCUUUUCAGAUCCUCUUGCUUCUCACUCGUACAGCUGUGAUAUCAUCCUGACAAGGAUACUACUCCUUAAAAGCUCAUCAAUGCAUAUUUUACCCUGCAGCGUGCUUUUUUUUUUAAAUAUAAUAAUAACUGAAAGCUUUUCUCGCUCCUUUUUUGGGACACAAACACCACCUGCCCCCUUCCUCUCUAACCUCCUUUUUCAGGACAGAUGACUUCACUCACUCAUAUUCAACAGAGCCCCGGAUAGGCCCCUAAGGCAUGCAUACUCAGGGCAAAUCCCCAUGCACACGCUAUACACACACACAUUCUCAAUUGGUGCUGCCGACCUUGUAUAGAGGUUGCAGCCUUGCUAAAACCCCCAAAAGCCUCCUAAUCCUGUUCCACUGGGCCAAGGAAUAAAGCGAACCCUCCCUCGUCUAUUCAGUGCCAUGCCAUUGUCAGCCUGUGACUAAAAAAAGGCAUAGACUACAUGAAAAUGCUUAAUUUAAUGCAUGACUACGAUCAGAAUCUUCAGAGUGUACCCAAACACGUACUAGCUUCUCUGAAAUGCAUAUCAAGACGAGGUGGAGCCACUAUUUGUUUUGGCAGCGUUGCAUCCUCAACGGCUUUUUAACUUUUGUACGUUAGCUGUCUAUCUUGCUGCCAGUUUUUUUUCAGUUGUUCCCGGACAUCUUUCUUUGCCAAUAUCAGGUUUACGUUUAGAGGAACUGGUUUUUCUAGAUCAUACAUCUCCAGUUUCUGUCCCAGAAGUUGCUGCUAAGCUUGUUUGAAAAGGUAAACCUGAAACAGGUGUAGGGAUUUUCCAGUAAUGUUUGUUUGGGUGUGUUCUUAUUUCACAUGGCCAAGACAUUCCUCCACAGAGUUGAGUAAGUUGGGAUUUUUUUUCCCCCCCCUCAAAGCUACGAUGUUUAAUGAAAAGUCAAUGCCAAGAGGUCACUAACUGGUCGUUCAAAUAGUGUCAGUCUGGUAUGUGUGCCUGUAUUUUGGAGGAGAUUUUCUCCUGAGAUUAAGUUGCAGAGGCUAUCCAAAGACCACUUACUGUUUCAAGGAAAAUGUCAACCAUACACUUAAUCAUGUCUUUAUUAUUUCUAUGCCUGGGAAAAUGACAAAGUUUGCUGAAAAGCUCCUGAAUUCUAAAAUGUCAAAAAGUACUAAACAAUCUGCGUUUUAAGACACAAUUUUGUACAGACACCGGGGCAUUACCAAAUGUUAAUCUCAUUCAAAAAGUGUGUUAGAAAAAGCUGACAGUGUACCGUUUUCAAUUACACAACAGAAGACAGAACAAGACAGCACCUGUCUGUGUGUGACUAAUAUUUAAAGGUGAGCGGUUUAAAUGGAAGAGUUGGCUCAGUUUCAGCUGAAUCAACACAGAGUGUUCACACCCAAAACAGAUAAAAAGGUUGUUUAUAGUUCUGAGUGCUGUUGAAAUUAUUUAGGUCAGUGUUUCUGAUGUUUUUCAGACAUACCCACCUUUAGUCUUAGCUCCCAUUAUCAGUAGGCUUACUGUGAUAUAACAAAUGUGCUCAUAGAGGCUUAAACAUCAUCAUCGUCUGGCAAUCGCAUAACUAUUGUUACAUAACAGUGAGAAUUAUUAAGUAUUUUUCAAAGACUGCGGCUCUGUCCAUUGGGAUAUUUUUAAUACAGAUUAUCACUGUGUUUUCAAGAAGAAGACGUUCCACACCAGAGGUGUUGUUGAAUAUAUUUGUCUCCUAAUGACGUUGUAGCAACAUUUGAAAGCACCUACAGCGGCAUUUCAGGCUAAUAGAUUGUGAUAAUGCGUUAUCAGUCUCAUUGAACAUCACAGAACACUAUUCACUUCUGUAUUCAUUUUUUUUGAGCAAACAGUAUUUAUAAAGAGCGGUCUGUGAGCCGUACACGGAGAGGCAAAAUCCAAACUAUCAUAUGAGGAUGUUAUUCGCCUUCAUGCUUACGUCAUGAUUAUUAGGUAAGUUUUCCAAGUAAACAUGCAAUCAAGCCAAACAGUUCCAAGCAGACAUAAGCCCGCUGGCACUAUUUUGGUACAUGUACAAGACAAAAUAAUAAGCGAGUUGGAGAGUUCUUCAAAAUGUGUGUAAUUGCUGUCAACACAAAAACAUAACAGGCUGAAUUUUUGAAAAAAAAAAAUCUCCUUUGGGAAGGUUUUUUUUUUUUUUAAACACCUGCAUUUUCAGAAAGAAAAAAAAGCUACAUUUCCAAAAAUAUCCACUUCCUUAUUGACAGGUUUAAAGUUACAAAAUCAACUAUUAUUGCAUUUGCCGUAUCAGCAAUCUUAAAUUAUUCAACACCUUUAGCCAUAAUACUCAGCUACUUCAAACAGUGGCUACAUGUCUGUUAGCUUUCACCAUCUCCUCUGCAAAACAUUUGUUUUUAAGGUGUGUUUUUUGGGCAUUUUUGCCUCUAUUAGAUAAGUAUUAGAUAAGACAAGGGCUACAGCCUUCAUUCAUAGGCCGCUUAUACAGCAAGGCCACCAGUGCCCCUAACAUUUAUUUCUUGAGCAUUGGUGUGUCAGCAGAAUUUUAUCCUAACAUUUAACCUAUUAGUGUAGUGGAAUCUAUGCAUUAAGGUAAAGAAAUGUAUAUGUGAUUAUCAUUUAUUAAGGAUUCAUAAACAUGUUGGGUUAGGCCUGGGUUGUGUAGCCUAAGGUUGCACAACCCAGGCUGCUUUGCAAGGACCAAAACUUAGUGGACCAAAACAGGUAGAGAUAGUUUCUAGACACAAAGCUAUUUUUGACAUUUAGCUAAUGAGCAGAAUAGCUGAAUACUAAAUUUUAGCUAGUUCCCGAAGUAAGCAAUUUAUUUUAAUUUAAUUCUUACUCAGUUUUGUAAUAAUUUUGUUUGACAUUGUUUCCAAACACUUUCUGACAUCUACUAAAUGAACUUUGGUACCCUGGUUAGAAAUCAUCAUAAAACAAAAUAGAGAGAGUGACGACAGGUAUACUGGGACUAUUUAAGCCAUGUCACUGCCAUGUGUGAUGUUAUGGGAUCAGUUCUUCACCCCCUACAUGCAGCCAUGCCGUGAAUGUAACUGUACACACAUGAUUCUCCAGUGACAGGAUAUAAAUAAAGGGCCUUGUAAAAGGGCUUUGCAUGAAGUUUUUAAUGGUUGCUAUUCAUGUAAUAUGUGCUGUUUUAUCAGAGAAACCUAUGAGACUUUAAGAGGUCACACAUAUUUAUUUUUUGCUGUUAAACUACUGUGUAAUGUUACCAUUCUCCUCACGGUGUAUUAAGGUUGCUGCACCACUCUCAAAAACAGAAACCAAGAACUGCAGGAAGCCUUAAACACCAGAAUAGAAAUGAUCUCUCCUAUCCAAAAGUCGGCUAACUUUGCCUUGAAGAUGAUAAGGCAGCUAAUAAUAAGAGCCUCAUGCUUGGUUGUGGACACUCAUGACUGAGGAAGUAAUUAAGUUCAAGCAGUUUAUCAGUGGCUGGCCGGAGAUGUGCUGUCUGUGUGAUAAAAGGGAGCGGGUGAGGUAUGCCCUUUCUCUCAAGUGUCCACCCCUCCCUCAUAUUUCAUCCUCUCCUCCUCUGUCCCACUCCCCUGCUCCAUCCACUUCCCAUAGGGGGAAGCCCGGAGCAGAUCGAGGCUAAGAGCCACACAGCUCAGCCAUCAUGUCACUCACCCCCCCUCUGCUCAAAUGUCCAAUCAGGCUAAUUUUAGCCUGUGUUAAAUUUGGCAGCGUGUCCCUAAGCGUGCCACGAUGCGGAUCUGCUUGUACCAACCAUGCGCAUGGAAAGACACACGCGUCCUGUGUUUACUUUUUUGAGAUGAUGUUCCCAUGUGGUUUCUAUUUUACUGUGUGCAGAAUUAGCAUAGGAAGGGCUAUUUCUGAGGAGUUUACAUUGCAAGGACAGACAUGUGAUACACUUUUUAAAGGGCCCUUCAUUGAUCGGAAAAUCAGCUGCAUUUAGCGUCAAGCACGUAGCUGAAAAUGCUAACCAUGUAUAGAGGAAGAAUACAGGACAUUGAAUUAGUGCUGCUGACACAGGAUGUAGUGUAAACACCAAGGGUUAGCAGCAGUUUGUUUCAGCAAUGUGUAUAAUAUACUGUAUAUUAUAUACCAUAGAUAUUACUCAAGCCUGUGAAAAAAGCACUACAGAGAGUUGUUUCUUUAAAGAGGAGCCUUUCAAACAUCUUUCCUGUCUAGUUAAUAGCUCAUAAUUCACACUCCAACACCUUAGGCUGUAGAGUGUGAUGGCUCUCUAAAAAAGACUUCCCAGUGAAACAAGAAUAAGGAAACAGAUAAGUAGGUAAAUGUGGCUCUUUAUCACAGGACCCCAAAGCUAAAGACAGAGUGGGAGGCUUUAACACAGCCAAGCUUUGCUGUUUUGCAAUAGCUUCAUGUGCAUCUCUCCAGCGUUACAUAAAGCUGUUACAGGCUAGCUCUUGUGCUCUCACCGGCCUGCAGCUACAGUAUGUCCCCACUUAAAGCCCUGAUAUGUUUCUAAACAUGUAAACAUUGAUGUAUUUUGUUCAUAUUGUUGGACUACAGGCCUCGGUGCAGUGAGUGCAUUAGAUGAAUUAGUUAUAAAGCAGAGCAGCCUGGAGCUACCAUUUGUUUACAGUGAUGGGGAUGAUGAAUGAAGAGCGCACAGACAGUGAAUGUAAAACAAACCAGUGGUGUACAAGUAAAUUUGCAGAAUACUGAGUGCAUAUAUGAAUUAAAUUUGAUUCUUUUCACUUUCAGAAAUGCACUAGAUACUGUAAUAGUCACACUCCAAAUAGAUUUAUGAUGUUAUCCAGAAAAGACUCUUAAGAGAGCAGGUAGUAGGGCAUUGUGGGUUGAUUCAGAUUUAAACGCUGGGAUUAUAUAACAGUCUUUUGUGUUUUUCUCCACAGACAGCGAGAUGGUCUCCAUGGACUGCCUGCGUCCUCAUUCUUUUGCUACCGCCCACCGAGCCUCCAUUCAGCGAAACAGUGAUGACCCUCGUCUUUCUAUCAGCCUGUGUGACCUCAGCCUGCAGCAGCAAGAGGCAAAUCUGGAGGAAGAUGAUGACGAAGAGGAGCGGCUGCAACCCUUAAACUCCGUCUCCUGCCAUGUCCCCCAAAACUCUCAGAACUCUCAGCAGUGCUCGCUGCUGCCCAGCCAUUUGGACACUGAUCUGCACUUCCACUCAGUACAUGGCAUCCACGUCACAGCGCUGGAUAAGCACACGGUGGCGAGGCUGGAUCACCGUGGGGAUGAGAGGACCCUGGUGUUCACCAGCCGCCCGAUACGCUGCUCAGAGACCGUGUUCGUGAAAGUAAAAGCGGGUGUCACGCGACCAGGGUGUCUCUCUUAUGGUGUGACAUCAUGUGACCCAGCCACCCUGAGGCAGAGCGACCUCCCGUCCAACCCAGAGUCCCUGGUUGACCGCAAAGAGUUCUGGGCCGUGUGCAGGGUGGGGAUGCCACUCCACAGUGGUGACAUCUUGGGCUUUGUAAUGAACGCAGAAGGGGAGGUCAUGAUGAGCCAGAACAGCAUCAGCGUGGGGAUGCAGCUGUAUGUUGAUAACUCCAGGCCUCUGUGGAUGUUCUACGGUCUGCAUGGGACCGUCACACAACUCAGGAUUUUGGGUUUGUUCAAUUUUCUUUCUUUGCAUUCACAGCUUUUACAAUAAACUGCCUUAAAAUAUGAUGAAUAUGAUGAAUAUAAAUAUGAUGCUAUAUGAUCUUGAAUCAGGUUAGAAAUGUAGAGCAAAGCUUACUCUUUUACUACCAUCCUGGAAAAAGGAAACUUAAAGAAAUAGCGACUUGGCUCCUCUAGUUUGUCUACAAACAUAAUCAAUCAACAAAUGUUAUAUUUUAUGUCAUUAUCCCAAGACUCUUUCCAGAAAAAAAGAGCAGGUCUAGACCACGCUCAGUAGUUAACAUAAUCUCAACAGUCAUUUAUUUAAAGAGUUUUCCUGCUCCUAUUCAGAUUCUGGGACUGGAUGGUCAAAAGUUUUAUCUAAGUGAGAAUGAGCAGGAUCAUGAAAAAUUACUUUUUUUGAAAUCUAUGUUAUUUAUGAUGCAAUUUUUUGGGACAUAAACUGAAUUGGAUCAUUUUUUCCCAGUAACAAACUUUAAUGAUUGUAAAAUCUGGGACCUCUCUGUUUAAAAUGCAACUUUAAAUGACAGACUUUGUCACUGUCAGCAGGGGGCACUAAAAUCCCCACUAACUAAAAGGUCAUAGUUGUUUCUAAUUAAAUCAUUUUUGUUUGGUGUUAACACCAGUUUAGUGACAUUUUUAGAAAAAAACGUUUUUCUUGAUUUCCAACUUGACAUUAUCACUAUUUGAAUCUUAAUUCAGCUCCUUGUUAGGACAAAAAUAAUCCUGAAUUCCAGAGUGAAAGCUGUUCCAAUUUUUUCUCAGUUAUGAACCACACCAACUGAGGAUUUUAUUCGGACAAAAUGAAAAUUGGAUUAUCUGAUCUGGCCCAAUUUUUAAAUUUCUUUUUGCAUUUGAACACUUCGUUUUUAAAAUUUGAUCCAGUCUGAUAGCCUAAUCGAAUCAGAUUGUUUAAAAAAAAAAAAAAAAAACUUGGUCCCUGGUGUGAUAUUGGAUCUAUUUUUCAACUGUGGAAACCCACAACUCCAAGCCGAAAAUCCAAACUGAGAUUUAGGCCAAAGAACAUUUUGCAGCAAGAUCACUUGAACAUCUAACAGCUGAGUCACAAUCUUCUUUAAGCGCAGUCCACGAUUUGACAGAUUCAAACCCAUGUUCAUUUGGUCGAUUAUCAGUUAGAGUGUUUGCAUCAGUGAUGGAGGCUCCAGAUGAAGAUUUAAAGAAGUUGUACCUACAAAGUUCACCCGUCCCUCAUUAGCAUUUCUGUUAGCAAAAGUUUGAAUAUUUUAUCAAAUAGUAGUUCAUGAAAUUGGAACACGUUCCACAGAUCUUAACAGGAUGUGCUCUGGAACUUUCCAUUCAGAAGUUAAUGCAGUCUGUGAUCCUUGAAAGACCUUUGGAGGCUGAAUUCCCACUCAGCCGAGUCGUGAAAUACUUUCUGUCUGGGCUGCUCUGACUUUUUAUCAACUCAUAUAUCGCUUGAGAAUUUACAUUCUGCCCCCACAGUUUGCAUAUGAAUGUUAACUUUGUACCUUCAGUCGAACAGAAUCUCUGUCUACUCUGUUUGAUUCCAGCAGAUUUCACAUGACGAUACCGCAGCUCUACCUGAAGGUACCCUGAAGUUAAUCAUGCCUGGUGUUUGAGAUUCUGGCACUGCGUCUUACUCAGAAUGAAUAGAAUUAUAACAUUUAAUGGCAAACAGGCUCAGGAGGGCUGGGGGAAAUGGUGGUUUGAUGCCAAGAACUGGUUGAAGGUUUUGGUGUAAUUUUCCUCUCCAAGAAAUGUUGUGGGUUAAUUUUGAUGUUGAAAGUGAAACCAAGCAUGCUAGCAUGCCAUGCAAACGUUGAGGACAUGAUCACAGGCCGAAAAUAUGCUUUUUAAUGUGUGAAGAAAUGUAGGUCCCCAGGGUGACUCAGAGGGUUUGUUUUCUGUCAAAGCUUUGUGUGGCAGAGAAGCUUUUGUUGUUGUGUUCAGGACAGAGAAUUCAUUGUGCAUUCGGUAUGUUGUUGUAAUUUUCACCUCGUUUUGAGGAUUUAAAAGAUGCAGCUGAAGUGGAAACUUCUGCUAAGAGUUUAUUUUCAGUGGACGUUUUAAGUCCGAAAUGAGCUUCACCACAUUUUUGUGCGGUUCAGGGUUUAAAAUAUUAAGCAUGAUUCGCUGAGUUAUGACAGUGCCAGACUUAAAGGUUUUAAAAUUUCUAUAUUUCAUUAGAUAGAGCACAAACAUUGCUCGGGUAGUGUAUUAUACGGUGGCCUGGAAGUGCAAAACACAACCGCAAAAGAGAAAACACGACAGCAAAUCAAAACGCAAACGCAAAAGAGAAAACGCAACCACAAAAAAGAAAACACGACAGCAAAUCACAUAUGCAAACACAAAAAAGAGAAAACACGACAGCAAAUCACAUAUGCAAACACAAAAAAGAAAACACGACAGCAAAUCACAUAUGCAAACACAAAAAAGAGAAAACACGACAGCAAAUCACAUAUGCAAACACAAAAAAGAAAACACGACAGCAAAUCACAUAUGCAAACACAAAAAAGAGAAAACACGACAGCAAAUCACAUAUGCAAACACAAAAAAGAAAACACGACAGCAAAUCACAUAUGCAAACACAAAAAAGAGAAAACACGACAGCAAAUCACAUAUGCAAACACAAAAAAGAAAACACGACAGCAAAUCACAUAUGCAAACACAAAAAAGAGAAAACACGACAGCAAAUCACAUAUGCAAACACAAAAAAGUAAACGCAACCGCAAAUCCCAAAACACGAUAGCAUCGUCUGUCUUCUUCUUCUUCGUUGUAGUUUAAUGGCAGUUUACUCCACUGGGAGUGGAGUACUACCUCCACCUGCUGGAUCGAUGUCGGAAUGGGAAAGUAAGCACUCGAAUCGACUCGUCUGUCCUUUGACCUGGAAAGACACGAACCGCGGCGCGACAGUCAGUGAUGAUGUAUUGCCAAUACUGUGGCAAAGAGCUCCCCGGACAACCCAACUUUUGCAGCAGUUGUGGGAAAAGGCUGCAAGAAGCAGACGGUGACAGUCCAUCAAGUAAGUUAAGGGAUGUUCAAUUAAUGUGUUCUGCUACACAACAUGUCGACUAUUACGUCAUAUUUGUGUCCUGCAUCAAAAUAUUGCUGGAUAAUUUCGAGUACACUUUCGCUUUCGGCGUCCAUGUUCAUGUUUACUUUCCCGUUCCGAACUCCAGCAGGUGGCAGUAGUACUCCACCCCCAGCGGAGAAAACUGCCAUUAAACUACAACGAAGAAGAAGAAGAAGACAGACGAUGCUGUCGCGUUUUGGGAUUUUGCUGUCGUGUUUUCUCUUUUUUGUGUUUGCAUAUGUGAUUUGCUGUUGUGUUUUCUUUUUUGUGUUUGCAUAUGUGAUUUGUUGUCGUGUUUUCUCUUUUUUGUGUUUGCAUAUGUGAUUUGCUGUCGUGUUUUCUUAUUUGUGUUUGCAUAUGUGAUUUGCUGUCGUGUUUUCUUUUUUGUGUUUGCAUAUGUGAUUUGCUGUCGUGUUUCCUCUUUUGUGGUUGUGUUUUGCACUUCCAGGCCACCGUAGUAUUAUGAUGUCGGCAUAAAACAUUGCAGAGUGCAGCAAGCACUUGGUGAGUGUGGGUGAGUUUUAUCUCUAUACAGUUCCUGCAGAUUAAGAAAUGUAACAUCAUUACUUGGAAAUGCAACACAUGCUGAAAAUGAAUCUGUUCUGGCAAGUUUCCUGAGAAAUCACAAGUUUUGUUUCUAAAUUUCAAAUAAUCUGUUUUGUUGGACUUCAUUAACUCUAAAAUCCUUUCUCUCCUAAUACAUUUCUGGAUAACAGUUUCUUCUUUUUCUCUCUUUCAUGUAGUCAGUCAGAUCGAGGCUCAGGAGGAUAUUUCUGUCUUGCGUGGGCUCCCAGUAACCGGCGUUAUGUAUCAGGAGGGGGGGACUGUGAUAGCUCCUUAUAAUUCCCUCUAUAUGCAUUAUUAAAAUGUAAUUGCACAGAGGUUAGAGAUGCCCGGUUUUCCGCCCACAGUCUGAUCCCCUAACACCGGUCCUCCGAUGGUUUUCACUACUUCAUCUCUUCCUCCUUUCCCUGUGCGUUCUCUUACUUAACCCCCCCAUCCGCGAAAUCUUUGGGGUAGGAACGCUCUCUGAGUCAUUACCCACUCCAGCUGUGGGGAGUGCAUUUGUGACGUCCCCGCUCACCCACUCGCUGAGGCCGCACGCCACAAGUUGCCAUGGAAACAUCUAGCCAGCGAGGCAAGCGACAGUUUGUCAUGGCUGGGUGUUGUCAAGCCCGUGAAGUGGAACAGAUGGGAGUCUGUUGCUCUCACAUGGUCAUUUUGUCGGUAUAAUCUAAGAAAGCAGGACUUAAUCAUUUUAUUUAAGACAGUUUGAAUCAAUACUAGCCCGUGGUAGCCAUGAUGAAUAUCCUCAUUACAGGUGUCCUCCAGUGUGUUUACAUCUGCUGUUUCUGCAUGUGCUCAGCUGUAAUCUUUAAGCUGCUAUCAUCAAUUUUCUUGUACAAACAAUUGAUCAAAUGACUGCAUUAUGCAUUGGGUUAUGAUACAGGGGCCUAUCUACAUGACAAAGCACAAAUUUAUCACCCACUUUAGAGCAUUUGGAGCAUUUUUCCAUCUUUUUAAUCAGCUUGUAAGGUUUGGUGAAGCCCAUCUGAUAUGAAACUUUAAGUAUAGAUACAGAUUUUUACACAAUUUUAGACAAAAAAAAUGUAACUGGACUUUCUUUUUUUAGCUUUGGGGGAGUGAGGGAUGACAUGCAUCAAAAUUCUGUUUGGAUUAAGAAUCAAUACUUUGACCAUUAAGGAGUAUAGCCUCGGCACAAAGGCUGCCUGCUUAGAGGACUGUGCUACUGGUGCCCUAUUACUGUGUAUUAACACAUAGUAGUCUGAAUCACCAUCUGUUUUCGCUGUUAUACCCUGCUUUACAUGCUGCAGACAGUGCUGCCUAUAGACUGAGGCUGUAUUUCUCUAUCUAAUAUUUAUAUAAGAGUUGUUUUCUGCUGGUCACUCUCAGGACACUGGGUCUCUCUAUUAAAGGGAGCACAGAGUUAGACACCCCAUCGUGAGAUGAAUAUUGCCGACCGCUUGCUUCUCUAGUUACACCAACUUUAGUAAAGACUGCACAAUAGCAAUACAGAGAGCCACGCGCUCAGCCAAAACGCCACUCUAUAGCCACGAAUAAUGCUCAGAACAGCACCUAACUUCAUCAACAGUACAUAUAGAGUCCCAGCCAUAGCACUAGCCACCAAACAUCUUUUUAGCUUUGCCUAAUUUCUUUAGCAGAGACUAAACACAACUCACCUACUCUCAUCCAGCAGCUGCUUGUUUGUAGCGAAGACCUCCAGGUGAGUCCAUUGACUGCAUCAGGGGAAUGCAGCUCAAGGAAGAACAUGAUCAUUACUUUAUCAUUUCCUUGAAGUAAUAAUUAUCAUAUUAAUAAUUCUGUACUGCAGACACGGUAGUUCUUCCUUAGCGUCUCAGUCUGAUUGCAUUUCCAUGAAUAGAUGAUCAUGAAUGUUCUUCCUUGAGCUGCGUCACCCCGCUGCAGUCCAUAUUAGACUGGCCCAAGGUCUCAUUACAAACAAGCGGCUGCUGGAAGAGAGUAGGUGAGUUGUGCUUAGUCUCUUUGCUAAAGAAAUCAGGCAAAGUUAAAAGAUGUUUGGUGGCUAGUGCUGUGGCUGGGACCCUAGGACCCGUGCGGUCGUUACUAAAGUUGGUAUAACUAGAGAAGCAAGCGGAGACAUUAAUCUCUCGACGGGUGUCUAACUUGGUGUAACGGUGUGUUUGACCCUAACUUAAUUUAACGCCAGAAUAUCCCUUUGAUUCUUAUGUUAUCUGCUGCAUAUAAAAAUGAUUAAGUAGCUCCUUAGCAAGUCUGCCAUGUCAGACUUGCAGAUCAUGUUUGUGCUGUGUUUCAGACUCAACUGCAUACUGGCCAUAACACAAGAUCUAAAGACGGUCUUCUUUUGAAGAAAAGGAAAUAGCUUGACAGGGUGCGGUGGAGAUUGAUGGAUUUGAUAAAUAAGUGUUGAGAGCCACCAUACUCAUGCUCAACUACAAAUAAGCCUCCUGCACUGCCUGCACAUCCUAAGGCAUUGACAUUCUCAUCCCUGGUGGCAUAGCCUGCAGUAAAUUCAUAAUGCGAGAGGAGAUGAAAGGUCCCCUGGAUGAAAGGGUACAUGAAUAGACAUGAAGGUUAUCCAUACUUCCUUAUUAAAGUUGACCAAGACAUUUACUAACAGCUGGGCUGUCACAUAGCUCAUGUUAAGUAGGCAAUGGAAGGUUGAGUAAAUGCUACUAUGUGCAUUUAUGCCUCUGCACCCACUGUAAAAUAUGAUAAUACAAAGAAUAAAUGAAUAGAUGACUCUGAAAAAGUGCCUGUCUCAGCAAAGUGGAACAAACAAAUUGAUCCCAGCGACAACCUUAAAAGCAAACUAAUUAUGGAAAGGUUUUUGCAUGGGUUAGCAUAAGCCCUGUGUUCUUGCAUACUUCUUACCGCUGUUGGUUUUUAGUAGUUAACUAGUUGCAGCAUGACUAAAAAGCCACUCUGUUGUGUUUAUGUAAUCUAAAACGAAGACUGCAGUUGUUGGGGUGGUCUGAGGAGAAGGUAUCAGAGUUCAGAGAGAUGGAACAUCGUGUAGCUUCACUUAUUCAACAAACUGUGUACAUUUUUGUUGAAUUGACAGACCACAUCAUUUUUCCUAUAAUUUCGCACCAUCUGCUGUUCUUUUUUUAGCUGUAGGAAAAUUUGGAUAAGCAAUUUUUGGGAUAGGAUGUAAACUACCAGUAUUGAAGUAUCUGAGCCACGGGAUGGGUGGUCAGGCCAAGUGGGCUGCCAGUCUGACACGGUGGUGUAUUUUUGCUUCGACGGUCAGUUGAAGGACGAUGUGUAAACAACAAUGUCAUGUGCCCAUGGGCAGACGGGAUCAGGAUUUGUCCAUGGAAUCGGGGUCAGUAUUCUCAUUGAGCUGCCAAAAUGAAAACCGAUGCCAGAGCCGAUGGUUGUGGGGUUGGGGUGGGGACGACUCAUACAGGACCAACAAAGGAAAGUCCGUGGAAGCAUUUUGUACCCUUCCCAGAGGGAUCAUGGGCUCUGAAAGGAGGACAGGAGGGAGUUUGGCGUCUUUGAUGAGACUCCACCAACUCACAUUCACCCACAUACAGACGCUGUAGACGCACAAGUCAUCUGCUUGGUGAUGGAAACGAAUUAAUGUGAUAGAGAGUGACAGACUGAGACAGGGAGGAAGAUGCAACAAGACAUCCUCACACUAAUUAUCAGCUUUGGCUUACUUCUCAGAGACACACAAUGUGAAUAAUCACAUUUUUGUGGGCCUGGUUACUGAAGCUUUUUCAAACAGGAGUGUCCUACUUUAAUACAGACUUAUUACUGGCUCUAAAAUACAGCCUCAAAUACUGCAUAAGGUAAAAUGUGAUGGCAUUGCUUGAUGAGAGUUUGUUAGUCAAAGUCAGCAAAGUUUCACCAAAAAUAUGCAGUCUGUUAAGUCUACCACACCAGUCCGGGUAUCAGAAUCCAUCUACAGAGGGGAAAUGGUGUCAGCGCAUCUCUCCUCUUAAAAGCUGUUUUUAGACAUGCACUCUGGAAAUUUUCUAGGCUUUGAUUCCUAAAAUUACCUGACUCAAAUUUUCCCCUGCAGCCUGAAGCCUUCCCUGAUGAACAGGGGUAGUGGGGCAGGGGUUGACCAUUGUAACCCAUGACCAAUUAAUAUUUCUUUUGAUUUGAAGAAUACCAGUCAGGAUUUAUUGAUGAGUGGAGAAUCCCUACAAAUCGGAAAAAAAUACUGUAUUUUCUGGCCAUAAGGCACACCGGAUUGUAAGGCACAUUUAGCAAAACAACACAGUCCAGUAAAUCAAACUAUUUAACUGAGUUUUAACAACAAAUACCGGUAAAUAAAAAUUCGCUCACAGAUUGAUUCAUUCCUCUCCCACAAAUUCAUCGAAUUCUUCAUCUUCAGCUUCUGAGUUAAACAGCUGAGCGAUUUCGGCAUCAAGCAUGCCCGGGUCCCUCUCAUCAUUAUCCGAGUCAGUCUUGUUGCUGUUACCGGUACCUGGCUGUUCAGUGAUGAUUCCAGCUCAGGCGACAGUUACCGUAAUGCUCCGAAUAUCCAUUGAGCGGAGCGGCUUUGUUGCUUACAGUAGUUGUACUUACACAUUUCGACUGAUUUUUGAGCACAUUGUACCACAUAAAAUCAUGUAAGCACAAGUAAUCAUACAUAAGGCAUACAAGAUUAUUAGGCGCACUGUCAAUUUUUGAGAAAAUUUAAGGAUUUUAAGUGCGCCUUAUAGUCCAAAAAAUGCGGUAGAUCCUUUUUCUAUUCCACAUACCUAGAUUUCUAACCGUUACAGCAAGCCAUUAUUAUUCACUAUUACUAGCUUUAAAACUGUACUACUCUGAAAGUGGACCCGCUCUAUGGCGAGGGUCCAAGUGUACAUCUCUAGUGUAACAAGAACGCUCACUGGAGUGACAGUAAUAUAGCUGUCAGGGGUGGCUUUUUCCAACUUUGACACUGCGGUCACUUAUGAAACACCAAUGCUGCAAAAUUAAUGACAUAAUGAGAAUCACUGGCAAAACCCCGGUUGUCACAGGAAAAUGAUGUGAAAGUAGGUGACAUGAUCUCACAGGCAACAUGAUCCCUUAAGACAGUAUUUUUAACUAGCCUGAGCGGGGCCAGUGAAAUGUACAAUCAGCUGACCUCGAGUCUGUCAACCAUGCAUCUCGGGCCAGCAAGCUAGUUACAAUGUCGGGCCCUGUGAGGGGAUCCCAAGAGGUUGAACAUGAUGUGAGAUAGAUGCUGGAGCACUUGCAGAGUAAUGUUGCACUAUCCCACCCAAGAUUAAAACCACUGAUCCCUCACUUUUACUCGUCCAUAUGUUUUAAUCUACUUGAGAUCUUAUUCUCUUCAUUUUUGGUUCCCUCUCAAAACUUGGCACACGUCUGUUUUGUGAAUUCACCAUUGUGUUAUUGUUAGAGGUUGUAAAAAAAGUGCAUUUUAAAAAGUCAGCAUGGUAAGCAAAUCACAGAGACAGAGUUAUAUACUUUUACAGCAGUUAUUGUCUUUUGAUCAACCCAACAAGUAACUCAUAAACAUACCCACAGUAUCAGUAUUAUGCUGGAAAGAAGAAGAGAGUAUAAAGCAGUCUCACUAUCUUUUGAUGUUAUUUCAUCUGGUGCUGACGCUGGUGUUUUAUGGAAAAGUGUUUCCUAUCAAGAGGCACCACAAAACAAGAAAGCCAGAAACCUGGACACAGUAGAGCAUUAUUUUAUAAAAGUCAUCAGUCUAUUGAAGUAUGCUAACCUGAAACCUUGAUGACGUAUUAGGUCAGAGAUUUUUAAAACACACAUGUACCAUAGUACUUGGAUAAUACUGGGUAAUACUGGUAAAAGAGAAUUUGGAUUAAUCUGUAUUUCCUCUGUGCCUUUAGGUUCAUCUUCACACCUAGAGCUUCGAGGCCCAUCGGUUCCCAGCUCUCCAUCAUGCACACCAAACACCCCCACAGUCCUUUGCAGCGAGCCCAACCUCAACAUGAACAUCAACCUCAAUUCAAGCCACAAUGCCAACUACAACGCAAUGUUUUCUUCAUCUACAGGUUCGUUCAAGUGUUUUAACUCUUAAAUUGUAUCUUCCCUCUGUCUUUACCCCAAGGUAAAGAAUAAGGAAAGCAAAUCAGUCUGAAUAUAUUUGAUUUAAGAACCAGGUUAGCUAAAUGAGUUUCCGUUAUUUUGUCCCAGUAACCACAGGUUAUUGUGUCCAAUCCUAGUGUUGAUGCACUUGGUGUCCUCAUUCAGUUUUGUUUUGUACAUGAACUUGAUUAAAACGUAGACAUGCAGGAGAGGACUGAACCAGUAAGAAGUGCACAAACACUGACCGAACACACCACAAGACGUCAGCUCACAAUACACGUGUUUGCACAUGAAGCAAAUAUUUACCUUGGUGAUGUGAAGCAGUGAUCCCUGACAUCACUGCAGUCUGAAGCUGCAGGCAGUAUGACAGGACAGCUCUUGGCAGAUAAUGGCACAAGGAAGAGCAAAAUGGAACACAAUUACACCAGUGCAACGCUUCAGGGACACUUCAUUUGCAAAAGAAAACAGCGGGCAGGGUUUUGACAGUUGUCUACCUGCACUGAUAUUUGUGGGGAUUUUUCUCUGCCUCACACUUAAAUACAUAUCUCUGCUGUUAUGUUCUUUCAUCACCUCAGGUACAACCCCAAGCUCUCCAUUUUCCAGCCAACCAGAGUCCCCGACCUUCCCGCCCAGCUCUGGCUCCUGGAGUGACGAAUGCACCAUUUGCUAUGAGAAUGUGGUGGACACCGUCCUCUACGCCUGCGGACACAUGUGUCUCUGCUACGCCUGUGGCCUGAAGCUAAAGAAAAUGGCCCAUGCGUGCUGCCCCAUCUGCAGGAGGACAAUCAAAGAUAUUAUCAAGACCUACCGGAGCACGUAGGAGUGAUAGAAAACCAUCAAAUUGUCAGGUCAGGCUCAGAGGGUUGUCAAAGCCAUUUAGGACUUAUGAAAAGAGAGAGGGAGCACAGGCGAAAGCCAUGCUUGUUUUUUUGUGCAAUCUGGCUCAGGUACUCUACAGCAGGACUAUGACUGCUUCAUAUCAACAUUGAAGUUAUGUCUAUGGUGCAUCCUUGAGAAGCUCACAUUGGCCACCUUUGACCCAGCAAUGACAUUCAUCAAUCCAUCCAGAAAACUUGUGUGAUCUUAUAUCAAAUUUGUGCUACUUCAGUAAUCACACUCAAACCCACUGUAGUAUCAUUCAGGGACUCUGAUCUGCGUGUCUACGAAAGAGAGGGUAAUUCAGAGAGACAUUUGACCCACUUGUCAGAGUAAAGGCAUGGUAGCUCAUGCACAAAUGCCGGCAAAUGACCAUCAUCCGCUGAAGCACAGUUUCUUGUUGUGCUUAAAGUGGGCAAUGCCAAGUGGGGUCAACAACAGAAGCUUUAAUCGCCAAAGUUCACUCACAAUGAACUUCCUUUGCAGCUGUUUGAAUUUUAUUGGUCCUUUGGCUUGUCAUGGAAGAGAACAAAAGCAAAUAUUUGCUAAUAUUAGUUUUUGAAGAACAUAUAUUGUUCAAAACUGCAGGGGAGAAAAAACAGGAAAAUGAAUCUGUGGUUUCGAUUGUUAGUCCACUUUUGAAGUCGGAAGCGUUAAGAGUAAGAACAGUGUCUCUUCGAAUCUAAAAGACAGCUCUUUGAGACUUCUCGAAGAGAGAAUGAACAACAGUAUAAAAAAGUUAAUAUUCAUUGCAUUUCCAAAAUAAACCAUUUUGAAUGCAGAAAAUGUCCCCUGGACUUAAAAUCACAACAGUAUGCCCAAACCUGAAAGGGUAACGAAAUCCCUAAAGCAUGUGCAGUAAAUUAAGAAAAAACUCACUGCCUGCUGUGGUUGUUCUGUGAACUUCAGGCAAGGCAAAGCAAGAUUGUGCGAAGAGUGAAAAAAGUGUUGUCACCAUAGAAGGUCACACUCACAGCUGAAUGAGCAUGUGAAUCAGUGAUGAGGGAGCGAGGGAGGAGGUCUGAGGGAGGAUGUCGUAUAUUUGGGAUGGAGACAGAGGAGGAAGGGCCACUUUUUCUAUGCGUCUGCUCAUCGUUUCACACAAAGAAAGUGUUUGCUCGCUCAUGCAAACCAGAUGCAUCAGAAGUUUGUAUAAAAGCCUGUAAAGUGUGGGACUUGCGUGGUUUGUAUGUCCCCCAUUCUUGACAGAUGUUCCUGGCUGUUUCUGUAUACUGUAAUUGGACAAAAAUCGUUGAAGUAAACAUUGGUGGGCAAAGGGUUAUUUUUAAAACGCAGAGAGAGCACAUCGGGAUAGAAAAUCAACCUGCUUUUCAUUUCCAGGAAUCCAUAAAACACUGAGUUACAGAUGGCCUAGCAUCUUCAGGUUACACACGUCUCUUUCAUUUGUUCCCUAAAUGAGAACAGUAGAAAAAUACCCCGUGUGCAGUCAGCGACAAGGAUGUAGCUUGUUAUUGUGGGACAUUGUGAGAAUUUCUUUUGCAUAUCAGUUUCUGAGUGCUGCUCUCUGUCAGUAAAAGCAUACUCCAAGGACAUUUUCAGUCAACUAAUCACAUGCAUUCCACUCUGCUAUUUUAAGGAGUUAUUUAGGCCUUGCUGAACAUCACUAAUCUAAUAAUCUAUGAAGAGGUAGAAGCUGAUUUGUUGUUUUUCAAGGUAUGGAAGCUCAUCAUCCUUCCACCUUGGAGAUGAAAUUAGCAAUUAUGUUGUACAUUGUUUGGGUAAGUUUCCUUGUGUGCCUUUGAAAAGAGAAGUCUGGAUGAACUCUGGUCUGAUAGGCUCCUCAUUGUACAACCAAGAGAAAAGUCUGAGGAUCAUUAUCGUCUAAAAGUCACUCUUAUGUGGUUGUGAUUGAAAGCUGGUGUAACCACACAACCUACCAACCCAAAGCUGUCAGGUUUAAGGAUAAGACAAACAUUUUUACUGCUAAGAUGAAACGUUUAAGUGCUGCCCUGUCCCCUCAGUAACUGCAUUUUAUAAUACUGGAAUUUUGUCGCUCUGCCUUUACAGCCUUUGUUUUGUUUCCCCUUGACCAAAUCCAACUUUGCAUCUAAUAAUUGUGCAAGAUUUUUGAUAGAAAUUGGUAUUGAUGAGUGUAAUAUCAACUGUAUAUUAUAAGGUUUAUUUAUUUUGUCAAUGCUACUAUAAAGAACUAUCACUGUUUGUUUGAUAUGUUUGGUUAAAGUGUCCAAAAAUUAGGACUAUUCUCUAUUUUAUUGUGACAUACUUAACAGCUAGAGAAAAGCAUUUACCCCUUUAUGGCUUAGCAAAUAUGUGAGUUUACUUUCACUGAAAGGAAUAGUUUGACAUUGUUGAAAAUAUGAUUCAUUACCUGCUGGAGAGGAGAGAAUGUAAUUUAUCAUUGUAUUGCUGUGUAGACUCAAUUGCAAAAGUAUUUAUUCUUUGAAUAUUGUAAAUAAUGGCGACAUUUUUCUGAUGGGAGUAUUUUAACUUUUGAUAAAUUCUGUUGUUUUAUGUCCGUAGCCGACUUUUACAUUUUGAUGCAGGACUUUUAGCCUACUUUUAGUGAGGUAUUUUUGUAUUGUGGUAUAAGUGUACAACUUGUACGAAGAGUAAUGGAUAUUUUUAUUGUGUACGAAGUAACAGUUUUAUAGCAGUGACAGUGUGAAAGGUAUAACAACAGAGAUUUAUCAGCUGAAUUAACCAUCAUGUCAAAAACCCCAACUAGCACUUAAGACCAACGGUGACAGUCAGUGACCGUUGGUGUCAGAAAAAUGAUUAUUCCGUUAAGAAGGUUUAGUGAAGAACUUUCCUUUUUUCAGCACUUUUACAUUCAUAUUUUCAAGUUCAACGCUUAACAGCUCGCUGACGUAAAUAGCUAAUGGUUCUGUACAAAAAGUACAAGACCCUCUAAAGCUCUUAACCAACUACUUCCUGGUGUGCAGAUUGUUGCCUGGCAACGAGUCAUAGCAGAAAAAUUAUGUUGUUCCUAACUCCAGCUAAAGCAGUUUAUUUUCUCAACACAUGUGAUACCUGAAUAACUUAUAUGAAAAGGAACAUUAAAUUAUGUUGUUACCUUUGAACAGAUACAAGCUACAUCCUGUUUACAGGUCUUAUGCUAAGCUAAUCAUCUGCUUGCUUGGCAACUAACUGGACAAAUAAAAGAGUGGUGUCUUUUCCUCUAGUUCUCCACCACCAAGCAAAUGAGAAUACUUCCCAUGGUGCCAAACUAUCAUAAGCUUUUAUCCUAAAAUACAGUGUAACAAGGGAAAUUUUGUUCAGUUGGCAUACUGUUAUAGUCCAUUGUUAUUUGUCCUGCCUGUACAGAUUUCAAUUCUCUCAUGCAUUUGUGUGAAGAAACCUGCUUUUAAUUUUUUUUUAAUAAGCCUGAAAGCCUGUUUCUCAAAUGUGACCAAAUAUUCGCCGUCACUGUGUGUGAUGAAUAAGGAAGACAAAUUAAAGCUCCUGUUUCCCUGGGCUUAGGAUUUCUAAUAGUUGUUGAAACUUUCAAGAAACAAUGUUCAGUUUAUUAAAUAAAGUUUGAGUCUGAAUCACUG